AUGGCCGAGCUGGCUCUAGCUAUUGCCGGCGUUGCUGGCACAGUCGAUAUCUGUAUCAAGUUAGGGAAAUAUCUCGUCCAGGCCUAUAAGGACUAUGGCCAGGUCGAUAAAUUAGCCGACGAGGUGUCGGUAAGAAUACAGAUUUGCUGGUCUCGAAUUGCCAGCCAGGUAGAGAUAAUUAAAGAACUCGAGAGUGGCAUGACCGAGGAUCAGCGAGAGCUACAGUCGCACAUAUUACGCAUCUUGCAGUCGAAGCUUGAAGCUGCGAUAGUUGUUGUCUCUAAACCCGAUAAAUAUGGUGGCUCGAAAAGAUACAAGGCUCUGCAUUUCCUUAAUCUCCGAGAAACCCUCGAAAGCACCGUUGCCGAUCUUGAGUCCUGGCAAAAGCGGUUUGAGCCAUCGUGGUUCCAAAUUAUUAAAACCGGCCCCGCUAACACCGAAAAUGUGUUGAAAAGCGUUACUCAGAGCGACACACGAGGUCGAGGGGAGCCGGCUCGCGAGGGCUUGAAUUUCCGCGAAGCUUUCAACAAUAGCGAGACUGUAAAGCUUGCAGAAAAGGUACUCGAGAACCUUGUAAUCCAAGCGAUCCCGUAUUGUGAGACCGAGCUUGCAGUCAAGCUGAAGGAGAGUAAAUACUUCAUCAUUGAUACGGUUUCUCGGGAUACAGUUGCGCUGAGGGAUGCUCGAGAGCUUGCAUCACGCCUUCGAGACUCAGACCCUUCCACGUUCGGGACCUUGAAAUGCAAAGGAGUUAUUCAAGUCACCAAGGCGCCCUUGUUAAAGAUUGUAUUUAGCAUCCCGGAAGGGUAUUCCAGGGUCCGGAGCUGCAGGGAACUCCUACUCUCUGGCAUUGUGCCUGAUUCAUUGACAACCAGACUCAAUAUCGCGCGGCAGCUUGUCACAGCAGUUUAUUACGUACACCUUUACGAAUUCGUACACAAGAACAUCACGCCAGAGACAAUACUCACUCUAUAUUGUACAAGCAAAGGGAAUGAGCAUAUGCUGGUAUGUCUGGCUGGGUUUCAGCUUUUCCGAUAUGCAGACUCGCCAACAAACAGUUCCAAGGCCGAGAAAAGAAGUGUAGUAUAUCAGCAUCCUACUCGAACUGGGGGCAAGGCUAUGAAGUUUGUCAUGCAACAUGACAUAUACAGUCUUGGUGUUUGUCUUUUGGAAAUUGGCCUCUGGCGAUCGCUUGUUGAAUAUGAUGGUGCUACUACUAGCUUAUCCCCAGUGUUUCCCAAUACCGAGGGUUGUAUCUCGGAGCUAGAUCCACAGGCCAUCAAAGAGCAGUUGAUGCUCCUCAGUCGUACCGAACUGAGAAUGUGUAUGGGCGAUAAAUAUAGUGCGGUGGUUGAGACGUGCUUGACGUGUCUGGACAAGGGCAAUACAGGCUUCGGUGACCCCCAAGACUUUGAUAAUGGGGGAGGAGUCGAGGUUGGGUCGCAAUAUGUCGAAAGUAUCAUAGAUCGAAUGGGCGCGCUUUGUUUUUAA